AUGCAGACACCCCACUCGGAAUUCAAUAUCUCUGACUCUGUUUCAGAUAUCAUCGGUGCACUACAAAACAUAAUCGCACGUUCGCAAGUGAUUAUUCCAGUCCUUGAAACUCCGUACUCCAGAUUCCCCAAUACCGACCACUCUACCAUCGAGCUCGAAUGUCAGAGCGUUGUCAACAUUAUCGCUCAGCACCAGCAGCAAUUGGAUACAGUUCUGCAUGAGAUCUCAGGCCUAGAGGCCGUGAUGGAUAGUGUCAAAAAUCUUCAUCAGGCAGUCCUUGAGAAGAAGGAGAAGAUCACGCAGUCGAUGAAUCUUCACAAGGGAUUGCUAUCUGCUCUCUGGCGCUUGCCAACGGAAAUUUUAUCCCAAAUAUUCAAUCACUGUCUCCCUGAAAACAUAAUAUUUCUAUCCCCAUUGAGGCUCCGAGUCAAAACCCCCACACUGUUAACGGGAAUAUGCCGACGAUGGAGGGAGGUUGCUGUGGGUACACCCGAAUUAUGGUGCAGGUUGUAUGUGAAAACCGACAGCAGACACUGGGAGCAGGCAGCUUUGCACUAUGACUUGUGGCUCAAGUGUUCACACGGGUGUCUGGUGGCCUCUCGUUAGAACUGGGGGACCACUACUCGACGACCAAACUACGAAGCCUUCUUCAGCCUCAUGCGAGUCACAUCACAUCUUUUCACGUCCAUGUUGGUUACUUCCGUGGCAGACACCCUCAGCUGUCUGCUACAGACCUCCCAGAACUUCAGGAGCUAGCCAUACUAGGGACGACAAAUCGUGAUAUUCCAAACAUUGCACAAUUUAUCUCGCGACUGCCGUCUACUAUGCGCACUCUCAAGUUCAUUGGCACAGGAGCGUUUUUCGAAAUUGGGCCCUUGUCUUCUUUCAGUCCUGUAUGGGCUCACCUGACAGAUAUCCGGAUCGCCGUAUGUCACCCGAACGUAUUCCUCCAUUUGCUUCAGCUAUGUCCCAACCUCUCCUCCUUAUAUAUACACAUAGCAACGGAC